AACAAAAAUUCAGGAAGACAAAGGGGAAUAACACGGUGAAAACUCGAGAAAUUCUUACAAUGGAACACUAAAAACAAGAAUUUUGAUUUUAGAGUAUAUCAUGAAGUGAYAUUUCAAAAAUAUUGUUCUUUCUGGAAGCGCUGUAAAGAGUCUAACACGUCGUACAACGAAAACUCCCGAAAACUGACGAGGAGCUGAACUUCAGACACUCCAUGAGAUGAGACGGUCUGCAGCUCCCUCUUACCGUGCUGCAAAAAGAGGAAAGUUUGUAUCUCCAAUAAUUGGCUCGCAAGGAAACUCUCAGUAUCAGAAUGUUGAUAUCAAAGAGAACACUGACAUCAAAGAUUAUCCUGAGCAAGCUCRAUGUAAYACURCAAAAACAACAAUGCCAAUCAAUCAUGCAAAGAAUUUAAGUAACAAUGAUGCUAAUGGAGAAUUGUGUGAAGGACAAGAUGAGCAUCUUCAUCAAAAUACAACAAACCAUCMACAGCAAAAGAAGCCCAUGUUGUCUUUUCGUAGCCCAUCACUGGUCAAUAAAACAGUUGAACAGCUAGUAACUGAAAGUAAAGAUAAAGAAGAAGACACAUCCUGCUAUUUUAGUGUUGUCUGGUGUAAGUUGUCCAAGAAGAAGCAUAAAAAAUGGGAAGGAGAUGGCAUCUUAGUGACAAAGGGAAGAAUAGCAUUCCUAAAAGACUUGGAGGGAAAAGAGAUUGCUAAAGGKAGUGGAUAUAAAACAUCUGACCUACAGUCUCUUCAAGAAGGUCAAACAUUGAUAGUUGGUGGAAAGGAAUUAGAGAUCAUGGGUUCAGUGUCAAGUGAAGAUUACAUGAGUGGGAAAUGUUUUCAUGGCUCGUCAACCUGUUCAUCCAACAUUCAACAAGAUAAUGAUUGUAGGCCUAGCACACAUACUAAAGUACAAAUAUGUUNACAAGCAAGUUUGACUACAGCAUCAAGUACUCAGCAUAAAUUAAAUGAGAAAAAGAAAAAUGUACCACUGAUGCCUCGGCACAGUGCAGAAGCACCUGGUGCUCUGGUUAUGCCACGCCCUAAUUCAACCCAUCAGUGGGAAAACAACCAAUCAUCACUUCAAGUUGUGGAUGUUGUUGUUGACCCUCAUAUUUCCCAACACCUGAGGCCCCAUCAGAGAGAGGGUGUGAUAUUCCUUUACAAGUGUGUCCUUGGCUUAUGUAACUUCAAUGGCAAUGGUGCUAUACUUGGAGAUGAGAUGGGACUAGGCAAGACUCUACAGUGUAUAACAUUAGUCUGGACAUUACACAAACAAAACCCAUAUGGAAGCCAGCCUUUGUGUCGUAGAACACUCAUCAUCACACCAGGAAGUCUGGUUAAGAACUGGUGUUCUGAGUUUCGUAAAUGGCUUGGGAAUGAAAGGAUGAAGGUUUAUCCUGUCACUGCAGAAAAACGGGUUAAGGAGUUUAUUGUGAGUCCAAUUUACCCAGUCAUGGUCAUAAGCUAUGAGAUGUUUAUCCGAUCUAUAGAGGACAUCAGUGAUAUCAAGUUUGACUUAGUAAUCUGUGAUGAAGCACAUCGAUUAAAAAACUCUUACAUCAAGACGACUACGCUUAUAUCAGGACUCAAGACGAGGCGUAGAAUACUAUUAACAGGCACACCCAUACAGGUUUGA